GGGAAGCCGAAGAUUGGGGAGUCGGCGCUAAUUAACCGACUCUCAAAACAACCCACAAAGAAUGUGAACGGAAAAUAAAUCCCUAACCCUAGAAAGCUUUUCAUAUAUUAAUACUCCCUCUCUCGCCCUCUCUCCCUUUGCUCUGCAGUUUCGGACCUAAUCUCGCUUCCCUUUCGUCUUUUCUUUCUCUCUCUUUUCUCCUCUUCUGGGGGUCUCCUCCAAAACCAUCAUCAACGAUUCAAGCACCGGUUUUUGUGAAUGGUGGAAAUCUUGAGCACUAGCACUUUCAUGCGCUCCCUUUUGCAUUCAAGGGCGAGCGCUGCUUUUGCUCUCUCUUUCGCUUUCGGAUCUUGCAAGGAAGGCUGGUACUACCGCUGCAUCGGCCUGGACCCCUGAAUCUCUCCGACCCUCAGUACCCAGCUUUUGAGAUUUUUUUUCUUUUGCUGUGUUAUUCCUUGUUCUCCAACCCGACCUCCAUAGACAUUCCGCACCCAUUCAUCGCUCUCUCGAUUCUUGAAGAUUUCUUUUGGGUCAUUUACGAUUUUGUUUUUGUCUUUCGGGUUUGCGACGAUGUUGUUGUACAAGCCGAAGAAGAAUCAGAACGCUAAGGGCAACAGGCUCUUGAUUAGUAUCACUGUGCUGGGUAGCGCCGGUCCGAUCCGUUUCGUGGUCAAUGAGCACGAGCUUGUCGGCUCGGUGAUCGACACCGCCCUCAAAUCUUACGCCCGGGAGGGUCGGCUUCCGGUUCUUGGAACGAAUCUCGAUAAUUUCUUUCUCUACUGCCCCAAUGCUGGACCAGAUGCUUUGAGUCCUUGGGACACAAUUGGAUCUCAAGGAGCUCGGAAUUUCAUGCUGUGCAAGAAGCCCCAGCCGGUGAAAACUGCAGACGAUGGAAGUUCGAUUCCUGCAAUGACUCGUAAGGGGAAUGGGAGUUGGAGGGCAUGGAUCAAUAAGUCUCUCAAUCUUAAGAUUUCUUCCCAUUAAUUCUUUCUCAGUUAAUGGAAGAUUUAUCAAUCAUUAUUUUUGUUAGUUUUUCUUUUCUUGUGCAUUUGAUUUAUCAGACUACUGUCAUUGUUUGUGAUUUUUUCUUUCUUGUUUGCGUUGGAGAACUUUGCAAUAGUUUUAUAAAUAAAAGUACUCGAACUGUUGUGUUUUCA